UCUUCAGCUUCAGCAGCAGGAACAGAGAUGGCUUCCAACGUUGACAGGAUGGCACACCUCCCCAGUGGGGUGGGAGUUUGUACCACCAUCCCCGACAUCCUGUAUCUGCCAGAACUGAUCAUUGGCGGUUUGGUGUGGAUCCUGGUGGCGUGCACCUACGUGGAGAUAGCGAACCCUCUGGGCUGGGUCAUGUGUGUCUCUGUCUUCUGCUUCGCCAUGACCUUCAUCUGGUUGAUGGUGUUCGCCUGUGGGAGCCAUUACAACUCGGGUGGCUGGGCAACUGCAGACUUCAUCUAUCAUUUUAUCGCCACCGUCUUCUACCUGAGCGCCUCAGUUGAGUUGGCCUUCGUCACCUUGGCCUUGCGAUAUGGCACCACUGAUAAGGGCGUCAAAGACUACAAGCUGUGCAUCUCUGCAGUGGUUUUCUCCUUUACAGCAACGUUCCUCUACUUCGUCCACACCAUUCUGUCGGCCAUCAGAUGGAAAUCUUUCUAGGAGUCUCCUCCCAGCAGAGCCUUUUGAAACCAAAAAAUAAAUAAAUAAAAGAACU